AUGGUAGUGGAUACAGUAAUAUUUUACUCUUCAUUACUCUUAUGCAUUUCGAUCGGUAGUUACUAUAAAAGAAUAGAUGAUAUAACUAUGAAACGAAAUUAUGGAACUGGGCUUGGGAUAUUGCUAGCGUGUUUAAUAUGCGGCCAUCAAAUAUACCACACUGUGCUUUUGGUGUGGGGAAACAUAGUCAUAAUAAAAUGCUGUGAUAGAAGAUAUUUACACCAAGUAAGCAUGGCGUACACAUGGUUAUAUUUGUUUUAUCUGCAUCAAAAUGAAGUGAAUGAUUACAUACUUUGGGUCCAUCAAACCUUAGCCUUAAGGUUAGUAGGCCUAGCUUUUGAGUUAAACAUGGCCCAGAAGAUAAAGUCGGAACCAAGAGUGAGCAUAACGAAAAUGAAUAUGGGCGAUAACGAUGUUCUGGCCACUGAUCCAUCUGCUGUUGACAUAAUCACGUAUGCUUAUUAUUUUAUAGGAUUACAUAGAGGGCCAUACUAUAGAUGGAAAAUAUUUGAAGAUCAUUUCAAUUCAACUUUUUCGACAUUGGGUGAUUGUAGAAUAAUUACUGAGCAAAAAUUAAAAAAGGCUUCCAUAUGUGCUCUGGGUUAUUUGUUGUUACAAAUUAAAUUUUCGCCGGAGUUCUAUUACAAACAACAAUUUUACGACGAUUACGGUACGGAUUUUCGCUACUUGUACAAUAUACCACAUCUUAUUAUAUAUUUUCUGAAGUAUCAAAUCACUAUGCUGCUAUGUACAAGCGUUUGCACCGAGUCGGGCUUUGGCGUUUAUCCCGCUAAAUGUUUACCUAUACCGGGAUACGGACCUUCUGCGCGGUUCAGUCUUUUGAAAAUUGUAGCUACUACGUCCGAAGCAGCAAUUGAAGAGGAAUACAAUUUUUCAAUGUUAAAGUGCUUUGACAACGAGAAGUUGUUAAUGGGACCGCGAAUGAAAGACUCGGUACGGAGCUGGGAUAUGCCAACGCGGUACUGGUUUUGGGCAAACGUGUACAAGAACAGCUUAAAAGCUAAUAAAGAAGUUCGAAGUGCUUGGUCGUUCUUUGCUUGGACAAUAUGGUGCAGCCCGACUUUACCUCAAAUUAUAGUUUCUACUACACUUUGGGUCUAUAUUCAUCUUGAAUCAGAAUAUAGUGAACUAUAUGAUACUUCGGGAACAAUGAAGCUUCCCUGGGAUAUAGGUUUCUCUAUAAUGAGAUUGCUCUGUUUGAUUUAUCUGACCCCUUGUUUCGUAGUAAGCGACACCAGUGUUGUUUUAAGGUACUAUAAUUCUAUCUUUUGGGUAUUCCAUCUCGUGUUAUUAACGUUGAUGGUAGCAGCUAUUGCCAUUUACAAAACGAGAGGCGAACAAGCUUUAUAA